GAAGACCAUCACUGUCGUCUGAAGUUGGGAUAAUAAUAUGUGAUGUCUGCAAUCCAGCCUCGCUUGAUGAGAUGGCUAAAAAGGCAGUGCUUGUCCUCAACUGCGUAGGACCUUAUCGAUUUUAUGGAGAACCUGUAGUAAAAGCAUGUAUUGAAAAUGGAACAAGUUGUAUUGACAUCUGUGGGGAACCUCAGUUUCUGGAACUAAUGCAUGCGAAGUAUCAUGAGAAAGCUGCAGAGAAAGGGGUUUAUAUCAUUGGAAGCAGUGGCUUUGACUCCAUCCCAGCAGAUCUAGGAGUGUUAUACACCAGAAAGCAAAUGAACGGUACUUUGACUGCUGUGGAAAGCUUCCUAACGAUCCACUCAGGAUGUGAGGGGUUGUGUAUUCAUGAUGGUACCUGGAAGUCAGCGAUUUACGGUUUUGGAGAUAAGGGUACUUUAAGAACACUACGGAGUACAUUAUGUCUGAAACCUGUCCCAAUUGUUGGUUCAAAGUUGAAAAGAAGGUGGCCAGUUUCCUAUUGUAAAGAGCUGAACUCAUAUUCCAUUCCUUUUUUGGGAUCUGAUAUGUCUGUUGUGAAGAGGACUCAGCGUUACUUACAUGAAAAUUUACAGGAGUCCCCAGUUCAGUAUGCUGCAUACGUAACGGUGGGAGGCAUCACCUCUGUUAUUAAGCUGAUGUUUGCAGGACUUUUCUUUUUAUUCUUUGUGAAGUUUAGCAUUGGGAGACACCUUCUCAUAAAAUUCCCAUGGCUCUUUUCCUUUGGUUAUUUUUCAAAACAAGGUCCAACACAAAAACAGAUGGAUGGCUCAUCAUUUACGAUGACAUUCUUUGGUCAAGGAUACAGCCAUGGUUUUUGUCCUGAGAAGAACAAACCAAAUAUCAGAAUCUGUACCCAAGUGAAAGGACCAGAGGCUGGCUACGUGACUACUCCAAUAGCCAUGGUUCAGGCUGCCAUGACUCUUCUGAAUGAUACCUCUGAUCUCCCUAAAGGGGGCGGUGUCUUUACACCUGGAGCUGCUUUCUCCAGAACAAAGUUGAUUGACAGACUCAACCAACAUGGCAUUGAAUUUAGUGUCAUUAGCAGCUCGGAAGUCUAAACAUUUGAAGAUUAGCUGAAUCAUAAGAUGCACGAACAGCUUCUGUAUUUGCUAUUAUGUGAAAUCUUCUAUAAACCUAUCUGACUGUAUGUGGAAGACUGUCAGGUCUAAAAUAUCUAUACAUUAAAAGCAGGAAAUUAUACUAGCUUAUCCUAAACUUCAUACCUCAGCUGUUUUUAUGAUUUUAUUGCUUGUGAGAGAAAACUGAUAUUCUCCUUACCUGUUUAUUGACAAAUGAACUGGAAGGUCGGAUAGUGAAGGUCCCUGUUUGUGUCCCAACAGCAUUCCUUAGUGAUGGGGCUCGACUGGUGUUAGGCUAUGGCAGUGACUUCUGCCUUCCUUGUAAGGUGAUGUGGAACCUCUCCCUCCUGGGGGCUCCUCUGCAUAGUGAGAGCAUCUGCUAAGUAAAACUGUACUUUUUCUAUUUCACUCUGCUUUCUCAUCCAUCUACAUGGACUGAUUUUGGAUUGUUUACCUAAGUUGAAUAAUAAAGGGUUGUUAAUUGAA